GAAAUCAUCUACUUCUAUUUAAAAAAAAAAAAAUGCUUCAGUGAAUAGCCUUAGAUGUCCCUCGUUUUUCAUGUGGGAGUGUCUAUAUGAGAUAUACUCUUAUUAGUGGAAUUACUGGGUCAAAAGGAAUAUGCAGAGAAAACAUCAGACAAGCCCAAAUUGAGGGACAUUCUGUAAAAUACCUGACUGUUCAAAAUUGUCAAGAUUAUGAAAAACAAGAAAAGACAAACUCAUAGAUCUGAGAAGACUAAGGAGACAUGACGAUUAAAUGCAAUGUGGUAUCUUGGAUUGGAUCCUGGAACAGAGAAAACGACAAAAUCUAGAGUUUAGUUAAUAAUGAUGUACCAAUGUUGGUUUCUUAGUUUUGACAAAUGUCCCAUGGUAAUACAUGAUGUUAACAUUAGGAGAAACUGGGUGGGUGUGUAUCUGGGAACUCUCAAUUCUAUCUUUGCAACUUUUCUGAAAGUCUAAAAUUAUUCUAAAAUUAAAGGUGUAUUCUUAAAAAAGGGCAUUAGUGGAAAAAGUGGUGAAAUCCAAAGAAAAUCUGUAGUAGAGUUAAUAGUAUUGUACCAAUAUUAAAACCUUAGUUUUCAUAAAUGUCCCAUGCUUAUUUGAGAUGUUAACAUCUCGGGAAGAUGAGUGAAGGGUAUGCAGGAACUCUGUACUACCUGUGUACCUUUUCUAUAAAUCUAAAUUACUCCAAAAUUAAGUUUGUUUAAGAAAGAAAUAUGCCUUUGUAAUUUUGAAAGGUACUAACAAGUUGCCCUCUACAGAGCAUAAUCAAAAAGAAGUAAAAGGAAAAAUAAGAGGAAAGAAUGGAAUUCCCAGGAUGAUGCUGAAACUCCAGCACCUUAAGGCUUCUUAAAGGGGGGAAAAGCAAAAGCAGAGAUUCUCACACUCUUCUUAGCAGACACUGUGGGUUAGUGGAAACCAUGUUACUGAUUUUGCUGGGUGACCUCAGGCAAGUUACUUAACUUUUUAUUUUCAUCUGAAGAGCAGUUGUUGUUUGGCUCAAAUGAGAUACAGUAUUGUGAGGUUCAAAUGAAAUAAUGUGAAAGCACUUUGAAAAGCAUAAAGCUCUCUAAAAAUGUAAUGCAUGACUAUGAGGAAGGAUGAGCGUUUGACCAAUUAUAUACCAUGGCUCUCCAGGUUCUUGACAACUCCUUGUGUGAUGAUAUUAGCACUCUUACCUACUUGCAGUUGGAAGUACAAAACACUUAACCACUUUCAUAAAAAUUUCUGUCAAAUAUUGCUCAAAUAUUUGUGAAAGACUUAGAUUCUUAUUCUAUCUGCUUUCUUAGAGGAUAGAGUUAUCCUGCCUUUGUAUGACUUUAAUAUUUUUUCUUGUUUUACUUAUGGACUGCCAAGAUCUCCACUUGGAGCAAUGGGAAUCUCCUUUGAUUGUGGAACAUUGGACAGGAGCUUUGCCAGUGGCUGGCCAAGAAGGAGGCAGAAUGUCUGCAUUGUUACACCAUAGAGUUCAAACUUCAGAAGACAUUGGGUUAAGCAGUAUCAUUUACUCUGCAAAUGAUUAUGUCUUUACCUGUCCUCUAUGAUCAUCACAAACUAAUGAAACACCUCUUAGGUCUUGUGAAUUCAGGUUACAUUGUUUUCCAGAUGCGCUGGCAGCUGUUGCAGGGCCCGUGAAAAAUGGAACCAAACUCUCUGAGGACUAAAGUCCCAGCUUUCUUAUCUGAUUUGGGGAAGGCCACAUUGAGGGGAAUCAGAAAGUGUCCCCGAUGCGGUACAUACAAUGGAACCCGGGGCCUGAGCUGUAAGAACAAGACGUGUGGAACCAUAUUCCGCUAUGGCGCACGGAAGCAGCCUAGUAUUGAAGCUGUCAAAAUCAUCACAGGCUCCGAUCUGCAGGUCUACUCAGUGCGGCAACGAGACCGGGGCCCCGAUUACCGAUGCUUUGUGGAACUUGGUGUCUCAGAGACAACAAUCCAGACAGUGGAUGGGACGAUCAUCACUCAGCUGAGUUCUGGACGGUGUUAUGUCCCCUCAUGCCUGAAAGCUGCCACCCAGGGUGUUGUGGAAAACCAGUGCCAGCACAUCAAGCUAGCAGUGAACUGCCAGGCAGAAGCCACUCCUCUGACCCUAAAGAGCUCGGUCCUGAACGCAAUGCAGGCCUCGCCAGAAACCAAGCAAACCAUCUGGCAGUUGGCCACAGAACCCACGGGUCCCCUGGUACAGAGGAUUACUAAGAACAUUUUGGUGGUGAAAUGCAAGGCAAGCCAGAAGCAUAGUUUGGGGUAUUUGCAUACAUCCUUUGUGCGGAAGAUCAGCGCCAAAAGCUCGCCCGAACGCCGUUUCUUCUGCUCCUGCCAGACUCUGAAAUCGCACAAGUCGAGUGCUUCCAAGGAGGAGGCAGCCCAGAGAUGCAUUCAUUUCUUUGCUUGCAUCUGUGCCUUUGCCAGUGACGACACAUUGGCUCAGGAGUUCUCAGACUUCCUAAAUUUUGAUUCCAGCGGUCUGAAAGAGAUUAUUGUGCCCCAGUUAGGUUGCCACUCAGAAUCAACAGUAUCAGCUUGUGAGUCUGCUGCCUCAAAGCCAAAGAAGAGGAAAAAGGAUGAAGUAUCUGGUGCACAGACAAACAUUUCACUGUUGCCUCAAGAUGCAGUGAGCAGUAAUCUAAGGAAAAGUGGCCUGAAAAAGCCUGUGGUUGCUUCUUCAUUAAAAAGACAGGCUUGUGGUCAGCUGUUAGAUGAGGCACAAGUGACCUUAUCCUUCCAAGACUGGCUGGCAAGCGUCACAGAACGCAUCCAUCAAACAAUGCACUAUCAGUUUGAUGGCAGACCAGAGCCCCUGGUGUUCCACAUUCCUCAGUCCUUUUUUGAUGCCCUGCAACAGAGAAUAUCUAUAGGAAGUGCAAAAAAACGGCUUCCCAACUCCACCACAGCUUUUGUUCGAAAAGAUGCCUUGCCAUUGGGGACCUUUUCCAAGUAUACCUGGCAUAUCACUAAUAUCCUGCAAGUUAAACAAAUCUUAGAUACCCCAGAGAUGCCCUUGGAAAUCACCCGGAGUUUUAUCCAGAACCGGGAUGGGACUUAUGAGCUGUUCAAAUGCCCUAAAGUAGAAGUAGAGAGCAUAGCAGAAACCUAUGGUCGUAUAGAAAAGCAACCAGUGCUGCGACCCUUGGAACUGAAAACUUUUCUCAAAGUUGGCAACACUUCCCCAGAUCAAAAGGAGCCAACACCGUUCAUCAUCGAAUGGAUCCCAGAUAUCCUUCCCCAAUCCAAGAUUGGCGAGCUGCGGAUCAAGUUUGAGUAUGGUCACCACCGGAACGGGCAUGUGGCAGACUACCAAGACCAGCGGCCGCCCCUGGAACAGCCCUUAGAACUGGCCCCUCUGACCACCAUCACCUUCCCUUGAGGCAAAACAUAGGAGUCUUUUGCUGCUAAAUUUGCACAUCCCCACCCCUUGACAACUUUAAAUACCAGUUAGGCACUUAGAUGGCCCUGUUCCUUAGUGAACUGCUCUUAGCUAAGAUGCAAUUUCCCAACGCAUUCAACUGGAUUCUGUUGAAGAAAAACUCUUGUAAAUAGCCUUUUUGGUGCUGCUGUGUAUAGUCUUCAUUAGAAAUUGGGUGGUAUUUCUGGCUAGUUUUUAAAGGAACAAAAAGAAAACCAGCUCACUUUCCUUCUUAAAGGACUCACCUUUACAGUUCAUUUCAACUUUUUUCUAAUUCUCUAAGAAGUUAGCAGCACUCUGCCUUAUACCAACAGUGUUGGAAAGUUAAUGAUACUCUGGUUAGGGCAGAAUGUUGAGGACCAUCCUGGCAGAGUUCCAGUGAUGCCCUUUUAUUCUGUUCCCAAAUAGAGCACAGUGUCACUAGUUUUUCCAAAUUAUAUCUCAUGUGGCCUGAUUACAAAAUUAUAAACCUUUUGGGAGAUUUAGGUGAUAGUGAAAUAGGAAAAAGAGGUCCAGGUGUCAAGGGAAUAUUGACAUUUCAAACUAAUGCUUUAAUAGCUUGUUCACUUGAUAUUUAUUUCCUUCUUUAUUCUCCAAAACGUUUAACAGCUGGUAAAAUUCAAUUCCUAUUUCUAAGUUCAUUGAUCACAGGAUGGAGAUAAUGAAAGACACAGAAGUGGAAGCCUGUCUUGAAGGAGAAAAGAAGGAACAUUUCCUAUAUGCCUACUAUGUGCCAGGCACUUGCAUUUGCAUUUUCACUUAAUCGUUUUUCUCAUUUAAUCCUCAUUACUCUUUGAGUUUAGGCAUUACACCUUCUUUUAUAAAAUUAAAGAAAUAGCCUCCCUGAGGUUAAGUAUAUUGCUGGAAACAGCAUUAAAAAUAAUGUUUCCUUUUACUCCAAAGUGCAUGUUCUUUCUACUUUAUCAUGUUGCUUUGAUAUAAAUUCCUUAGAAUUCAGUGUCCUUGGGAAGACAGGAAAAAUCCAUAUGAAGCAGGCUCAAGUAAUAAAAACGCAACUCUAACCACCUCAGGCAAAAAUGGGAAUGAAUGACUGGUUCAUGGACAACCAUCCAGGC